AUGGAUAACCACAGUGAAAACUCUGUGCAUAUACAGAACGACUUAUACGAUGCGUCAGACUGGUCAGUGGUGGUGAACACCAUUAACAUCGCAGACAUUUCUCCGGACAAACGGUACAGAGCGCUGCACAUCUACUACCACCCCCGCUAUUUCAGAUUAAACAAUGACUAUGACGUGGGCCUGCUGCGGACCAUCACUGAUAUAGACAUGACCGAUGGGGUGCGACCAGUUUGUUUACCCAAAGUGAGUGAGUCCUUUCCAAAUGGAGCGGCCUGCUGGAUCACAGGCUGGGGACAUACCUAUGAAAACGGCUACGUGACAGAUGAGCUAAGGCAAGCACAGGUCAGGGUAAUAGCUCAAUCUGUCUGUUCCCGCCUAAGUGUCUACGGGACCUUCCUUACUCCUCGGAUGAUUUGUGCUGGUAUCAUGGACGGAGGGGUGGACUCCUGCCAGGGAGACAGUGGUGGACCCCUGGUGUGUGAGACAGCCCAUGGUGAAUGGAAAUUAGCAGGAGUGGUCAGCUGGGGAGAGGGCUGUGGACGGUACAAUAAACCAGGCGUCUAUGCCCGAGUGACACAAAUGAUCCACUGGAUUGAAGAAUAUAUAGAGAUGGAUAAAUCAGAGGAAGAUUUGGAGGAGACCACAUCCGCCAACCCCAUCACAGACUAUGGCUUUUACAAUAAAAACACAAAUUAA